CAUCGUAAAUGUGGAUUCAUGCCUUAUAAAUGUCACGUCAUGUUUUUUUUUCUCCAGAUGGCUGGAAAGAGAAGUUACUGGAAAAUAUCGAUGACGAAGUUUUACCAGCAUUUCUUGGCGGGAAAAGAACCGAUCCAGAUGGUAACCCUCUCUGCAGAAGUCUAAUAUGCCCUGGAGGUAAAAUACCAGAGAGAUAUUUUCUCUCCUCCAACAAGAGUACAAUAAGAAACCUGGAGGGAGUGAAGAGACUAGUGGUAUCAAGGCACUCUAGUACUGAUGUAGUCAUUGAUGUUCUUCAUCCAUCUUCCGUUUUAAUGUGGGAAUUUGAAACAAAGGACAGAGAUAUCGGAUUUGGAAUUAAUUGUAAAAUUCCCGAUCAAAAUGAUGGAGAGAUAAUUGAAUUGAUUCCCAAGAAAAGAAUUGACACUUCAAAUGGGCCUGAAACAGGAACUUAUGUGUGUCAUAAUGCUGGUUCACAUAUUCUCUUGUUUGACAAUUCAUAUAGCUGGCUACAUUCAAAAGAGAUUUACUACAAAACAAAAGUGAUUCCACCAACAAAUGCAGACUGAUAUAAUGGAAGCCCACUAUCUUCCUCGUGAUUAACUUUGAGGUGUCUUUUUGAGCUACUACUGAAUAGUUUUAGAAAACAUUUUCUUUAUUUGAACCUUCAAUUUUUUAUGAAAUACAGAAUAUGUAUAAAACAGCGUUAUCCUUACUUUCGCAAAUGAAUUAAAACACCAAGACUGCCAACGUUAUGACGCAAACAGUUAAUAAGAAUGUAUGUAUCUAUAGAUCAGAAUAAAUUGGAUGCUUGCAAACGAGAAUAUAGAUAUGAAAGGUAUAUUAUAAUAUUAUAACUAUCUUUGAAGAGCUUACCCAGUUAUCGGGUUUACGGCUGCUAAUGUUCAACUCAGUAGCCGUAUAAUUUUGGACUCAAGCCGGAACACAACUGAACUCUUGGAUCAAUUAUUGGGAGAAAUCUGCCUUCGUGGAGGACUUUUUUCAUGCGGAACUAACUCUCAUUUGCGUUACAUGGAGAAGAAAACCACGAAAAUCUCCUGCGAUUAGCUCGACGGAAAGGGGACUCUAACCCAUGAUCCGUCUACCACUGAGCAUAUUUUACGUCAGCACUGUGGUCGGUACGAGCCGGUUGCGGAAUUCGAAAUAACCUGUCAUCGCCGGGAUUCGAUCCCGGAACACCUGAUUAAAAGGCGGAUGCUCUCUCCCCUGAGCCAUCAAUAUGAAAGGUAUAAUCAUUAUUUGUUGUUGCCCACAAGUGGGUAAUAGUUAAGUAAAUGGGCUUUUCCGCUAAGUGGUUACUCCAAACGCUCUGAAACGUGGAGGUAGUUGGUUCGAAACUCAUCGCAUACUUGGAUUCCAAUUUCGUAAGGAUAUACAGUCAUCUUUGUUCUUUCAGCAUAUAUAUGUGAAGGAGCUUCUGAGGUCGAGGGAUAUUGUAUUUUCUGCAAUGGCUCUGAAUCGUAUAGGUAAUGGGUUCGAAUUCCAUCGUCCCUUUGGAUGUAUUUUUGAGGCAUCCUGUGUUAAAUUGUGCUAUGCGUUAUUUAACGAUGGCUCAUAAGUUGUUUUUUGUAUAGGGCAUAAAAACCUAAGUCGAUAAAUGAAAUACAUGUAUAUGAAUAUAUAAAUAAAUAAA